AUGUCGGCGAAGAAGAGGGCCUUCGAUGUCCUCGUCCUUGGGGCUGGCGCAGCAGGCUGCGCAGCGGCACGUGCUAUUGCGUUAAGAUACCCCAAUGCGACGGUCGGCCUUGUUGAACAGGGCACCCGGCGCCCACUGCCGUUGGUGAUGCGUGUGCCGCUGUUGACGCCACUCGUCGCCUCGGUGCGCAGCACACGAGGGUUCCUGCGCAAAUAUCAUGGAGUUCCUGAGGAGUGCAUUGGGGGGCGGCAGUUGAAGUACGUGCGGGGCUGCGCUCUUGGCGGUAGCAGCUGCUGCAAUGAUAUGCGGUACAUGCGCGGCACGACGAGGGAUUAUGCGGCAUGGGGCGAUCCAAUGUGGUCCUUUGAGCAACUCCUGCCUUUUUUCUGCGCCUUGGAGCGCAACUCUCGGGGGGGUUCCUUGUUUCAUGGUAACAGCGGUCCACUGGAUGUUACAGAUGUUCCACGGGCAAAUGUCGGUUUCGAGUUGAACAUUCUUUGGUUUGAGUCGUGCGAGGCGCUGGGCAUCCCCGAGACGAUGGACUUCAACGCUGGAGCGGCGGACGGCUUUUCGGCCCUCCAGUCGUUGAUCGCAAAGGGCGUGCGCGUGGAUGUCUUUGACGCCCUCUUGGAGCGGGACCGCCACCUGUUCCCCAAUUUGACCGUCAUGCCGGAGACGAGGGUGCAGCGGAUACUUUUUGACGGAAAGCGAGUGAGUGGCGUUGAGAAUAGGGUAGGACGCGACGUGGAGGUGCUCUUUUCCGGUCGUGUUGUCUUGUGUUUGGGGCCGUUGGAAUCUCCGGCGCUGCUGCAGCGGAGUGGCGUUGGAGCGGGCGGAAGAGUUGCUGAAAUUCCCGAUGUCGGGAGGAAUCUCAUUCAGCCCACCUCCGCAACAAUUGUGUUUGGUGUCACACAUAACGCUAACCUUCGCAGCAAGUCUGUGAGCUGGCGCAACGCCCCGUACCUGCUGCGCCAGUGGCGGGAGUACAACGAGGAGCGCUCUGGCGCGUUUGCCUCGCUCGCAGAAGGUGCCGCGUUUGUCCGUUCGACGCCAACGGCAGCGUGGCCGGACUUAUCGCUGACUUUUUUUGCGACUCCUAACGUGCGCUGGUGUGGGUGGAGGCCGUUUGACGGCUUUGCUGUGCGUGUGGCGCACCAUUACCCCGAGAGCCGCGGUGAAGUCGACGCGGUGGAUGAACACAACAUCCGCAUCACAAGCCGCAUGUUUUCUUCGCGGAAAGACGUGCAGUGCAUGGACGAGGGUAUGCGUUGGGUCGGGUCGCUUUUUAACGACGCGCGGUCGGCGUUCCACAUCGACGAAAAGGGCCGGCCGACUUCGCCUUUCGCCUCGCUUGGCGUGCAUGUGCGCCAUCCACGGAAUGCCCUUCACACGCAGCAGGGGGCCGCCGCCUUUUUGGCGGAGCAUGCACAGGGCACCGGUGACCUCUUUGGCACAUGUGCGCUUGGAAAGGUUGUGGAUAGCACGCUGCGUGUGCGGGGUGUGGACGGGCUGCACGUUGCGGAUGCUAGUGUCGUGCCAACCCCGACUUGCGGUGCGAGUUGUGUCAUUGGCGCGGCCAUCGGGUCAAGGGUGGCGUCGAUUCUGCAGGUGUGA